AUGUCAGACGGUGAAACGGGUCAUUCAAAUCGAGUUGCAUUACUCGUUUUCUUGAUUCUGAUCGCAGGAAGCGUGGUUGCUGGAGAUUCAGUACUAGAGACUGAUAAGCAAGUACUGCUCGAACUGAAAUCAUUUCUCGAAGAACAAAAUCUUAUAAAUCGUGGAAAUUACUCAGAAUGGAAUCCACAGGACUCAACUCCAUGCGCAUGGCCUGGAAUUUCCUGCGAUGUCAAUGGCACCCGUGUCACCAGAAUAGACCUUUCCGACAAUGAUAUAGCUGGAGAUAUAUUCGGAAACUUCUCUGGCUUGACCGCACUCACCUACCUUGAUCUCUCCAAAAACACGCUUGGGGGGGCUAUUCCAGGCGAUUUAGGCCAGUGCCAGAACCUGAAGUUUUUGAACUUGUCACACAACAUCAUUGAUGGCGAGCUCAACUUGACUGGAUUCAACAGCUUGGAAGUUCUUGACCUAUCCCUCAAUAGGAUUGGUGGCGAAAUUCAGUCAACUUUACCGGAAAUUUGCAACAGUUUGGUGGUUGCAAAUCUUUCCACCAAUAAUUUCACUGGUGUGAUUGGAAAUUCCUUUGAUCAUUGCAGGAAUUUGCAGUAUCUCGAUCUCAGCUCAAACAACUUGAGUGGAGAUUUAUGGUUUGGCUUUGGAAGGCUAAAAGAGUUCUCUGUUUCUGAGAACAAGUUAGAUGGGAAUGUCUCUGCAGGGAUUUUCACUUCGAAUUGCAGUUUGCAAAGUCUGGACCUGUCGGGAAAUUCUUUCUUUGGAGAAUUUCCAAAGGAGAUUUCAAAUUGUAAGCAACUGGUGGAGUUGAAUUUGUGGGGAAACAAUUUUACGGGGCCAAUUCCAAAAGACAUCGGAUCAAUUUUGAGUCUCCAAGAACUUCUCUUAGGUAGCAACAAAUUUUCAAGUAAAAUACCCGAGUCCCUGCUGGGUUUGAGCAACUUGACCAUUUUGGAUCUAAGCAACAACAAUUUUGGAGGAGAUAUACAAGAAAUUUUUGGGCAAUUUACGCAGGUGAAAUUUCUUUUAUUGCAUUCCAAUUCGUAUACCGGGGGGUUGCAUUCAUCUGGAAUUCUAAAGUUACCCAACAUUUAUCGGCUGGACUUGAGUUACAACCAAUUCUCUGGUCCGCUACCAGCUGAAAUUUCCCAGAUGGUGAGCUUGAAGUUUUUGGUUCUUGCCCACAAUCAAUUUGCAGGAAUAUACCUUCAGAUUAUGGAAAUUUGCAUGGACUCCAAGCCCUUGAUCUCUCCUACAACAAGCUAA